AUGAAGGUCCUUCUCAUUCUCUACGACGCCGGCUCCCACGCUGUUGAUGAGCCCAAACUACUCGGAUGCACCGAGAACGAGCUCGGUAUCCGAUCAUGGCUCGAGUCCCAGGGCCAUACUCUGGUAACCACCUCUUCCAAGGAUGGCGAUGACUCUGUCCUCGACAAGGAAAUUGUCGACGCCGAUGUCGUCAUCACCACUCCCUUCCAUCCCGGUUACAUUACCCGAGAGCGAAUUGCCAAGGCCAAGAACCUCAAAAUAUGUGUUACUGCAGGUGUUGGUUCCGACCAUGUCGACCUUGAUGCCGCCAACGAGCGAGACAUUGCCGUUCUCGAGGUCACUGGUUCCAACGUCCAAUCCGUCGCUGAGCACGUCGUCAUGACCAUGCUCGUCCUCGUCCGAAACUUUGUCCCCGCUCACGAGCAGGUCAUGGCUGGUGGUUGGGAUGUUGCUGCUGUCGCCAAGGACUCUUAUGACAUCGAGGGUAAGGUCAUUGGUACCGUUGGUGGUGGCCGAAUUGGUCAGCGAGUCCUCAAGCGAGUGGCUCCCUUCAACCCUAAGGAGAUGCUCUACUACGACUACCAAGGACUUUCUGCUGAGACCGAGCAGGAGCUCAACUGUCGACGAGUCGAGAAGCUUGAAGAUAUGCUUGCCCAAUGUGACAUUGUCACCAUUAACUGUCCUCUCCACGAGUCUACCAAGGGCCUCUUCAACAAGGAGAUGCUCUCUCACAUGAAGAAGGGUGCUUGGCUUGUCAACACCGCUCGAGGAGCUAUCUGUGUCAAGGAGGAUGUCGCCGAGGCUCUUGCCAACGGCCAGCUUCGAGGCUACGGUGGUGAUGUGUGGUUCCCUCAGCCAGCCCCUGCCGACCACCCUUGGAGAUCGAUGCGAAACAAGUACGGCGCCGGUAACGCUAUGACCCCACACAUAUCUGGUACUUCCAUUGACGCCCAGGCCCGAUACGCCGAGGGCACCAAGAACAUUCUCGAGGUCUUCUUCUCCGGAAAGCAGGACUACCGACCCCAGGAUAUCAUCUGUAUCAACGGUCACUACGGUACCAAGGCUUACGGCGACGACAAGGAGCACGCCAAGAAAUAG